AUGAAUGGAAAGGAUGAAAACGAAGAAUGGCAUUAUCAAAUUGACGCAAUAAAUAGGAAAUUACCUAGAUACAGCAUAAUCUUUCCGAAGCGCUCCCUUGGCUUCAUUAGUUCUUUUGUAUAUUAUUCCUUCUUUGAAUAUUAUAGUACUUUUUCCAGCUAUAGUAAUUGUUGCACUAAUACCGCAUAUGAUCCUUUAGAGAUACAAAAUAUCCUUUUGCUGGUAUGUGUACGUUUCGAGCUCAAAAGAAUAACUUCUCAGAGGACUUCUCCAUUCUGUAAUCAGAUCAUAACUUCUCAACGGCUUCUUCUAGCAGUAUAUUUGCUCCAAAUAUUAAUUCUAAGUUUCUGUUUCAUCAAUAUAACAGGAAAUGCCCUAAGGAAGCAAUAG